AGCCAUCAUCUCGUUCUGGAGCUGGACGCAGCUAAGCCGGAGUCCUGACCAGUAUAACGCCUCCAUUUCGGCAGAUAGAUACAAAACACCUGGCUUUCACUUGUUCGUCUGGGCCAGGACGCUGGAGUGGAGCCGCAUGAUCACCAAAGCCGCAGAGAAAUACGAAAAUUUAACGACUCUGUUUUACGAGGAUCUUCUGAAGGACCCACUGAAGGAACUCCGAAGGAUUCUUCGCUUCCUGAGGGUCGAGCCGGACGAAGAGCGACUCGCGUGCUUGGCCAGGCAUCUCGAAGGACCGUUUAAGGGCGCAAAGAAGGUCCAUGACCCGUACAGCGUUUUCGAAAAGAAAGUUCUCAAGUCGGCCAUUGUGUCCGCGUCUCGAGCCCUAGAGGAGAGAGGCUACGCUCCUUUACCUGAUUAUAAACUGUGAUUAUUUAUAGCGU